GCGCCAGUCGCAGCGGAGCGACUCCCAACAAAAAAUCCCUCCAACGACGCCAUAGCCACCGCGACAAUUACGUUGUUUUGUUUGUUUGUUUUAUUUUGGAGUCUCCACCACAUGUUUUACUAUUUGGGACCACUUUCAAUCGCGAAUCCGUUUUCCCGGUUUGUGCGCAUGUAGUUUUUCUCGCUCUCCCUCCCCUAGUUUUGGCUGACAAACGACCUCACCCCUCCCCCUCUGCUUCCCGUUUGAAUUCAUUAGCGGAUUCAUUCGCAUUUGCUGAUGUUGGUGUUUAGGAGAUGGGUGUCGCUGCUGAGGAUGGUGCCUCGUCGCAGAGCUGGAAAUGAGGGUUGGGGUAGCGUAGUUGUUGUUUUACUCCCCAUGUGAGAUCGACUUUUGCGCGUGACAGCUCGGUUGACGUCCAGAUCUAGGUUUUUGGGUUUCGAGAAGGAGGAGAACUAAUGUGGAUGAGGAGGAUGGUGCUGAGAGAAGAUUGAGGAAUGGCGGAGACGAGUAGGCUGCGGGACAUUGAUGUUUCAGGGACGGAAAGAGGAGAAGGCGGUGGCUCCCGAGUGAAGCUUCUGGAGUGAUGUGUACAUUGUUGGAGAAUCUUGUCGAUUUACCUCGUCGGUGCUAUUCUCUGCGAGACUACAUCCACCGAACAUCUGCUGCCGACAGUUUCUCUUGCUCUUCUCCGGGCAGCUCAAAGUGGAUCUCGUACAUAUUUGAUCAAACUUGUGGCGUUCAAGUCUAGCCUGUCAUGCGGUUUUGUAUAUGUAAUGAAAGAAUGCGAGUAUUCGAGACAUACCCUCGGUGGUGUCAGUGUAGCGGAAGAAUCUGGGAUUUACGAUUUUCAGUCAUCAGUGGGUUAAUGCAAAUCUUUGUAAUGAGGAAAGUUUAGUGUAGUUUACGAAGGAAGGCCUAGUCAGCAAUCUCUGAUGAUAAGGGGAACUUUACGCAAUAGAACCUCAGCCCAUAUUUCAAGCCGUUAUGUUCUUGUGAUUGACUAGAGGCCGCAUGUAUAGGGGCAGGAAGAAGCUUCUUUGCACAGGACUGGGUUCUACCUUCCAGCUGUGAGACAAAGUCCUGUACGAAAUAGCCGUGAGGAAAAGUAAUAAGAGGCGAUGGGGGCCCAGGUUAGCACCAUCAAAGCAUCAGCUGGGAAGCUUGGUCCACAUUCUAAGAAGAAGGGCAAUAAAGCUGAAAAGGUGAAGAUAGGUAUACUUGCGUUUGAGGUGGCAAAUGUAAUGUCAAAAAGUAUACAACUUUGGCAGUCUCUCAGUGACCAGGAAAUACUUCGGUUACGCACAGAGGUAAUUAAAGGGGAAGGUGUAUUGAAUUUAGUUUCCGACAAUGAAGCCGUCCUAUUAAGUUUAGCAUGUAUGGAAAAGCUGCAAGACUUGACGGCAGUAGCCGGUGCAGUAGCUCGCCUUGGUCAAAAGUGCCAGGAACCAGCGUUGCAGGCGUUUGAGCACAUUUAUAAUGAUUUGCUAAAGCAAGAUAUUGACUUGCGAGCUUUUGAGCUGCCGCACAAAGAAAUGGAAGCUAAAAUGAAGAAGAUGGAGAAGUACAUAUCCUCAACAGCCACUCUUUAUCAUGAGUUGGAGGCUCUUGCAGACAUAGAGCAAGCCAUACGUAGACUCCAAGAUGACGAUGAAGUUCCAAACGGAGAAUCCUUAAGUACAUUGGAACAGAAAGCAAUGUGGCAGAGACAGGAGAUCAAGUAUAUGAGGGAUCUAUCCUUGUGGAACCACACGUAUGACAAGAUUGUGAAAAUACUAGCACAGACCGUAUGCACUAUACAUGGAAGAAUUAUUAACGUAUUUGGUUCACCUAUGCUUGGUUUAUCGCAUGUAUUUGCAAACCAACAGAAUGGUGAUUCAUCAAGACCUAUUUGGCAGAAUCGGGCUGCAGGCUCACAGGCGACGUCUUCAAGUCCGCGCCUAUCUUAUCCUCACAGUUUCGGAUCUCUUCAUUAUCAAUCUUCUUCUCUGAAUAACCUUUCUUCAUUUAGCGUAGAGGCUGUGUCAAGGUCGUUAAGCCCUCAGGGUUCUAGUACUCCAAUCGAUGAUAGAGGCUUAGGAAUCACUGAACUAGCUGCGACUUCUGCGAGAGCUGUUUGCGAAUAUCGCCCAUUUGCUUCUCCUACUUUUGCUUCUGGUCCUUCUAUUCCACGGAGGAAUUCUAUCAGUAGUCAUCCUACCAAUCCCCAUUCCAGUCCUACUAGAGCAUCUCGAGCUAUUCCACAUUCAGGGCCUAUUCCAAUGUCAGGGCCAUUGUAUGGACCCCUUGUAGUGGAGCCUCCGAAAGUAUUUACUGAAAGGUCUUUGAACGCCAUUCUUCAAGCUGAAACAACGGAAGAGUUUACUUCCGCACUUCUUUAUGUUACUAAGCAUAGUAUCAAACCUGAGCAAGCAGAAGCCCCUUUUCUUAAACAGGAUAGGCAACACAUUAGGGAGCUGUGCGAUCCCAAAAGCCGGCAUCGGAUGGCACCUUGGUCAACACUGGGGGGAGCAGCACUUGCGUUACAUUAUGCUAAUGUGAUUAUCAUCCUUGAGAAGAUGAUCAGGCAUCCCCACUUGAUAGCUGAAGAUGCCCGAGAUGAUCUCUAUAACAUGCUUCCUAAGAGUGUGCGAGUAGCGCUGCGUUCAAGGUUACGGGCGAGUAUGAGAGCGUGCGAAUUUGGCAAGUAUGAUUCUAUGAUUGCUGCCGAUUGGAAGGACGCACUAGAAAGAAUUCUAAGUUGGUUGGCUCCUCUUGCUCACAACAUGAUUAGGUGGCAAUCGGAGCACAAUUUUGAGCAGCAGCAAGUAGUCUCCCGCACCAAUUGUCUUCUCCUGCAAACUCUUUACUUUGCAGACUUGACAAAGACAGAAGCAGUCAUCACAGAGCUGCUCGUCGGAUUGAAUUAUAUUUGUGGACAUGAGCAAGAAUUGAAGCAAAACACUGUGAUGAUGGAGGAGUAUGCGCUGAACAAAGACCCGGACGAGUACCUUGGUUGGCAAUUCUAGCCACCUUGAGCUGCUUGAGCUCUGUGAUGGUUGGCAGGCAUUGAACUUGUAAUUUAGUGUCGAUUUCCAAGAGCUGGCUCCACCAAUUGUAUUCAUACCCUUUGAGUUGUAGCUUUGUCAAAUAUUGACGAUAUUAUGCAUUCAUGGACAACCUUUUCACACGGUGAGAGGAGUUGCUGGUUUCUGGUUAGACAAUGACCAGACCCUGAAUUUGGUCCUUCUUUUCUUUUAUCUUACCAAUUAUUUUAGGUAGCUUUCGUAGUCUCGUGGGAAGGCCAGUGAUCUGAUGGUGGUUUUUACUGCUUGAUCAUGAGUUUUGACCUGCUACAAUUGAUCAUUCUAAUUUAUAUAACAAACUCCUUUGGUGCCCUCUCGUAAUCAGUAUCUAGGUCGCGCAUGACAUCUUGUCUUAUUUUUAGUUUGACUCCCACUAUGUCAAAAAUUUAGUAGCUAGUUUCGAUUGGUAGGAAAAGUCGGAUAAAGUUUCAGGGAACCAGUGUCCUCACUCAUCAAUUAUGCUCAAGCAUUCCGGCCAUGCACAAGUUUCAGGAUCACAAUAACCUCCGCCUCGAUCUACAACUGAAAUCAUGAGCACUGACGAGCUGCUGUGCUAUUGCCGACGUCAAUUAUGAGUGUUUAUUUGGAUGGCUCUUCCGACGAGGGACCUUUUUUUAGUGAUUUGACAAUCUCAAGGAACUGUUUUUGUCUUCAUUUUUAUCAUCUUGGCCCAUACUGUCAUGAUGGGUAGUCUGCUGGAUUUGAAACCGCAUCACCUAAAGAGAAAAAAGUGAUGUCUUGACUAGAAUAUAGUGAAUGGAUCGGUCUGGAUCCACAUUUGAGUAUGAAAUGCAGGCUGGAUUUGGCAACCGAGCGCUGCUAAUAGAACUGAAGAAUAGGUGUUCAGCAUUAAGAUUUCUACCCUCCAAACUUGCUUGGACAAGGUUUAGCUCAGCUGCCAAGUACUUUUUCUCUUAAGUCACACUUUCCUGGUUCACAGUUGAUGCCUCUUCAAUACAUAUGAAGCCCGCAGUCUGUAGGCUAUGCAGAUUCCUAGAGUUAGAUUUGAUAGACGACAAGCCAUAGAGCCAUUCUAGUGAUGAUUACACUUUCCUUGCCCCCAACUUUGAUCCUGAUUACACUUGCUGAUGUAGGUGUUGCCCCAGGGCCAAAGUAAUAUGUCCCGAAAUCUGGAGGUUAUAGAGGGAAUGUCUAUUAUGCUUUGCUA